GGUUUAUUUGGGUUGAGUAAAGGUAACUAAUGGAUGUUAUGAGUUAACACAUGUAUUUUUUUUAAAUGUGAAUUUCUUGAGAAGUGAUUGUGUCCUAACUGUAAGAGCCGUAAUUAAGCAGAUGUAAUCAGCUGCUCGUUGCACCUCUCUUGGAUUCUCGUCUCCUCCUGCGCUUGAGUUCCUCCGUUGUAGCAGAAGGAAAAGUGGGCGUGUUGUUGCCUUUGAGGCAGCAGCAGAGGCAGGCGGAGGAUAAGGAUAUAUUUGACAAACCGUGGCUUUGCGUAAGGGUUUGUUUGGGGUGAGUAAAGAAAGUCAACUCCUUUUCCUUUGAUUGCAAACAGCGUUUAAAAGAGAAUAAAAAUAAACAGAAAUCACCGAUAGACUAAAACGGAGGAUGGGGGAGGGACUGCUUCUCCUCAUCGCUCCAUCUCACAUUACCGAGCUAUAGUGGAGUGGCGAGGUCAGCACAGCUUCAGCUGCGACACGUGAACCUGCCUCCAAAUCCAAAUGUGAUCAAACGCCGCUCAGACGGUCCUCACACCCCUGCGUCGAAAGUUGAUUCCUCCCCCAAAACCCCCUUUUACGCACGAGGCCACGACCACGAGAGCUCAGCUGCGCGUGUAGCCGAGCGGACUCGGGAUGAGACUGGGCGGCGUGGCCCAGCUACGUCCAGCCAGUCGGUCGGUGCUGUGAGUGGCGGCGGCAGCUGUGGAACGUGGAGGAAGAAUCCUCUCAUGGGACUUCCCGGUGCUGAAGCGCCUGAUCCAGAGGCAACGUGAGGUAGCGCGCGAGCCUCCAGAACACGGAGCGACACCAGGACGCGCCCGACAGCGAACACCAGCGGGUUCCGACUGGGAAGGAAGGCGGACGAACCCGUCUUUGAGCCGAGCACACAGAGGACCCCGGGCCUGAAGGCUGUGGGUAUGGGAGUGCAAUGUUGUCCAGGAAGGGACUCAUUCCUGAGGAUUACUUGCUGACACGACUAGCUGAGGAUGUUCUGCAGCCGAAGUACAAGGCCAAACAAGGGAAGGCUCGGUUUGUGGGGAAGAACGGCACCUGCAACGUCGCGCACACCAACAUCCGAGAGCAGGGUCGGUUCUUACAGGACGUGUUCACGACACUAGUGGAUUUAAAAUGGCUCCACACUCUCAUCAUUUUCACCAUGUCCUUCCUAUGCAGCUGGCUCCUGUUCGGGAUGAUCUGGUGGCUUGUGGCUUUUGCGCACGGAGACCUGGGUGAGUCGGGGGAUGAUUUUGUCCCGUGCGUAACGGACAUCCACUCCUUCUCCUCAGCCUUCCUCUUCUCCAUAGAAGUCCAGGUGACCAUCGGCUUCGGGGGUCGGAUGAUCACGGAGGAGUGCGUCUCGGCCAUCAUCAUCCUCAUAGUGCAGAACAUCGUCGGACUGGUCAUCAACGCCAUCAUGCUGGGCUGCAUCUUCAUGAAAACUGCGCAGGCCCACCGGCGCGCGGAGACGCUCAUCUUCAGCAAGCACGCAGUCAUCUCCCUCCGAAACGGCAAGCUGUGCUUUAUGAUCCGCAUCGGGGACCUGAGGAAAAGCAUGAUCAUCAGCGCCACUGUGCGAAUGCAGGUGGUGAGGAGAAGCACCACGGAGGAGGGAGAGGUGGUGCCCCUUGACCAGAUCGACAUCCACAUGGAUAACCCGGUGGGGACCAACGGGGUCUUCCUGGUGUCCCCCCUCAUCAUCUGCCAUGUCAUCGACAAGUCCAGCCCCCUGUACGAGCUUUCACCGAACGACCUGCAGCAUCAGGACCUGGAGGUGAUCGUGGUGCUGGAGGGGGUGGUGGAGACCACCGGCAUCACCACGCAGGCCAGGACUUCCUACUUGUCGGAGGAGAUCCUGUGGGGCCAGCGCUUCGUGCCGACGGUGUCCGAAGACGACGGCAUGUACGCAGUGGACUACUCCAAGUUUGGCAACACCGUCAAGGUACCGACGCCGUGCUGCAGCGCCAAGAAGCUGGAAGAGGCCGGUGGCGUCGCGCGGUUCAAGCUGAACGAGGGCGUCACCAUGCGGCCGUCCGUCAGAAGGCGGAGGGGGGCCGCGAUGGUGCGCAGGUCCAGGAUGCUGUGAGGCGUUCUGCUUAAAACUGAGCCGCUUCACUUUCAGUAUCAUUAAAAAAAUAAAUAAAUCUUAUUUAUUUUACAUUUGCGCGCACAUUGUAUGCACACAUAAACCUGUGUUUACCUCAGGAUCAGAGAGACAAAGCACUGAAAUAAUUCUGACUGGUGGAAUAGUUCAGAAUUUCAAAAUUGGUGUUCUGUGAAAAGGUUACAAGUAGUAAACAAUCUAUCUUUAAUAAACGAUCCUCAGUCCCUCCCUAUUUAGUUUGAAUCCAGAGUGGUUAUCAGAGAGGAAACAUUAAACUCUACCACCCCUAAAGCAGCUCUAGUCUCAACCCUGUUUUUAAUGUGGCUUUAAUUAAUUAAUUUAUUUAUUUUUAUUACCAAAGCCCUACACAAAAAUAUCAUAUGUGCUGCAUCAGUGUCAUGACUUCAAAUUUAAUCUGAAGGAUGAAUCAUUUCAUGAUUGAUCUGACAAAGAAAACAAAGCAAGCAGAUUUCUGUGAAUUUGAACGGAUGAACACUAAAAUUGAUUAAAAGAAAGGAGUUAAAACUACAAAGUCUGAAUACCAACAUUUAUCUGAGAGGAGAAAGAUGGGAAGGAUUUCAAAGUCUGAGAAAGACAUUUGUUCCUUCAGCUUUCAACACCAGAGCUGCCAAGAACAGAAAUAGAAACUAGAAACUAGAAGCGGUGCCUUACCUUUGUCAGAUGUUAUUUUUCCCUCUCUGCUGAGGAGCAGAAGUUUUUCUCUUAUCUGUCUUUCUGAACAGGUAAACAGUUCUGGGCUUGUCAAUAUUCUCACUCUGGAUUUGGGACCAGGUUGGAUGUGCAUGAAAGAAAUGCUUAAAGAAAGUUAGUAAGUGGCCAAAGUUACAAAACCUCGCUGAGAGGAAAAACACGACAAAGAACUUUCAACAAAAUUAAAUCAACAAAAUCUGACCGGGUCAGAUAAAAGCCUGACCUGGUCGAAUAAAGGCUUUGACUUUUUGCCGCUUACCUGUUUUAAAGAUUAAAUACAAAGUCGUGAGAAAAAUCUCAAAAUGUGGAUAAGAAGUUUAAAAUUGUACUUCAAGAAUAAUGUUGAAAAAAAUAUCUGUAGUAAAAAUCUGUUGUUUUUUUUAUUUUAUACAAAUAAAAAGAAAUGGAUAUAUAUCUAUUACUUCAAUCAUAAUACAUCUUUGAAGUUUCAAACAUCAACAAUCAAUCUAUUGAACAGUUAUUCUAAUAGCUAAUAUGCUUGAUUAAAAUUUUAUUAUCAAGCUUAGAAAAUUGUUUGAGUACUUUGGUACAAAAUAGAAAUACAGAGGAGUGAAAUAAUGUAUGUAGGUACAGAAUAAGAGUAAUGGAGGAAAUUACUUUGACCCAAUUAAGUCAUAAUGUUUUCUAUUCCUGAUAAGAAAUUUAUUUUGUUAACCUUUUAACAAAACCCCACUUCAAAACUUCUGAGCUAACUGUUUAAAUGUGAGCCCUGGUAUGCAGAGUGUAAUGUUUGUUUUUUUAAAUCUGAGGGAUUGCAUGUAUUUUAAAUUAUUAGAAAGGGAGAUGCUUAACUUAAAAAGAAUGUUGUACAUGGCCUUGCUGAAAAUGACAUUAAAGUAAAGCUGUUUUCAUGUCCUCCA